GAGCAAAUAACUGCGCCGGGACACAACCACCACCAUACACGACGUUGCCGACAGCCACAUCUGCGUCGGGAGCUUUGCUCCUCUCCUCCUACGUACUCUUCCACUUUGUAAUCCCGCGUUUGCGCUCUCUCGACAUGGAGUCUUCUGAGAACGCGGGUUUCCGGUCGGGACUGCGGCCGCCCCAAGUGCGUGCCCCGGUGUCGUCGCCGACGGCAGCGACGUCAUAUCUUCAGGAAAUCACCGACUCCCAGCACAACGCGCGGUCUCAACAACCUACUGGAAUCCCCCAGAAGCGCGCCCAUAAAGGGAGCAUAUCAUACCCAGAUCAGAAGCGCAAAACUCUCGUCGAGAGAGCAGGUGAACCGAUAAAGUCCGGGAUUCCCUCCGUCGCCGCCGGGCUACCGCGAGCUAGCACGAACGUCAAGGGCGCGUCAAUCGCAAGCCUCUCGGCCAACUCCUCUACGGCAACCUCACGAUAUGCUCAGACCAGCAACUUCGCCAAAAGCGUCGGCCCGGGAGCUCGACCCCCGGUGACGGGCCGAGCCCCAACCUCGAUGGGCUUCGCUCAGUCGACGACCACCCGCCCACGCGGACUCACCCGGCCCCGACCGGCAACUGCAAUGGCAAACCGAGAGUUGGAGGACGAACCCCUCCAGACCAACCAGAAUAAGGGCUGGGACGUCGACGGCCGACUGAGCGAGUUCGAAACGCAAUUCAAGGUUAUAAAAGAAACCGUUGAGGGCACGAUGGGCGACAGGAAAAUACUCGAGGAAGCGAUCGAGCUCGCCAAGAAUCGGGCAAGCGAUCUGGAACGGGAGAAACAGCGGCUCACUGACCAGAACGCUCAGCUUCAGAACCAGCUUGACCUUCAACGGCAGGAGAACAACUCACUGCAGCAGGAGAAGCAGAUGAUGGCGCUUCAGAUAGAAACGGAGCAAAGGCGACAGAAGUACGAGCUCGAGGAUCGACAGCGAGAGCACAAGCUCGAGGUUGACCAAAUCCGGCGCGAUUUUGAGAGCGAGCUCGACCGUCUAAAGAGAGAGCACCAGGCGGCGGCGGAGGCCAGAGAACGUCAGUACCAGGCAGAGCUGGCGGAAGAGCGAACCCAAAAGUCAAGGGAGCUCCAAGAUCUACGCUCGAAGCUGGGGGCGGAGCAGCAGGACUUGAACUCGGAGCUGCUGAAGAAAGAGCGUGAGGUCCAGGAGAUGCGGUCGCAGGUGGAGGCGCUCAAGUCGGACCUCGACCGCGAGCAAACGAUCAAGGAAAUGCUCCAGCAACAGAUUGCCGAGAUGACGGCCACGAAUGUGACCCUGGAGGAGCGGAUGCGCGGGCUGCGAGCCAAGAUCGACUUCCUCGAGUCCGACAGCAAGCAACAAGCAGACUCGUAUGCGCUCAUGGAGGCCCGUCUCCAGGAAGCAUUGCGCGUGGCCGAGGAAGCACGUCAGAAGUUGAUCAAGGAGGAGACGGAGCGCCGUGUGCUGUUCAACAAGUACCAGGAGCUGAAGGGCAACAUCCGCGUCAUGUGCAGAGUCCGGCCGAUCCUCGACCCUUCGGAAGGUGAGGAGGCCAAGAUAGCCUUCCCCGACACGAAGACCUCUUCACAGAUCGACGUCACCGGCCCGGAGGAGAAGAGCAGUCUGGGGGUCGUCAGCCGCAAGGUGAUCCCGUUUGAGUUCGAUCGCGUCUUCAACCCUUCGGUCCAGAACGAGGAGGUCUUUGGCGAGAUCUCGCAGCUCGUGCAGAGCGCGCUCGAUGGCUACAACGUGUGCAUCUUCUGCUACGGCCAGACGGGUUCCGGCAAGACGUACACCAUGUCCUCGCCCGACGGCAUGAUCCCGCGCGCCACGCACAUGAUCUACGAUACCAUCACCAAGCUGCAGGAGAAGUCGUGGACGUACACGAUGGAAGGCAGCUUCGUCGAGGUGUACAACGAAGAGCUGCACGACCUGCUCACGCCCAGCCGCGAGGCGGAUCCGCGUAAGAAGCUCGAGAUCCGCCACGACGACGUCCGCAAGCAGACGACGGUGGUCAACUGUAAGACGGUGGCCCUCGACUCGCCCGAGAAGGUCGAGGCCAUGCUCAAGCAGGCCCAAAGCAACCGCAGCGUCGCCGCGACCAAGGCCAACGAGCGGUCGUCGCGCUCCCACUCCGUCUUCAUCCUCAAGCUGGUCGGCGAGAACAGCGCGACCAACGAGCGCUGCGAGGGCACCCUCAACCUGGUCGACCUGGCCGGCUCGGAGCGCCUCAAGCACUCGCAGGCCGAGGGCGACCGCAUGAAGGAGACGCAAAACAUCAACAAGAGCCUGGCCUGCCUGGGCGACGUCAUCGAGGCCCUCGGCCGCGGGUCAGCACACGUGCCCUACCGCAACUCCAAGCUGACCCAUCUGCUGCAGUACUCGCUCGGCGGCAACUCCAAGACGCUCAUGUUCGUCAUGGUCAGCCCGCUCGAGGCGCAUCUGAAGGAGACCAUCACCAGCUUGCGGUUCGCGACGAAGGUGCACAAUACCCAUAUUGGGACGGCCAAGUCGACCAAGAAGCUGAGGUCCGCCACUCCCGAGUCGGGCCGCUGAGCUUGGUCAAGAUCGGUGAUUUUAUGGGGUUGGACGGCACGGUGGGGGGAUUUCCAGUGUUUGAUGAUACCAUGACCCAGUCUAUAGUUUCGCC